GAGCCGGAGCGGAGGGAGACUGGAGGAGCCCACACAUGAAUGUUGUUGUAGCGGAAAAUACCUUUGCUGCACUUUCACACGCUGCAACCUCUGAUUUUAAAAAUAACCACAAUUUCCUCUCGGGGCUGACCGAGAGGAAGGACCACGCAGAGAGGAAUUAAAACAGGUUUUUUUUUUCUCACGAAGGAGAAGUUUGUACGUGGAGUUUGGAGAGUAGUUUUGGGUAGGCUGACUGAGCUAGUCUGGCUGCCUGCUGCGCCUCCCUCCUGCCCGGCCAGCCAGCCAGUUAGCCCGCUGAACGUCUCAACCUCCAGCUGUUAGUGAACAUGGCGCUAAAAGCCAGGGUGCUAUACGACUUCAGCUCUGAAAACCCCGGGGAGGUGUCUGUGAAGGAGAGCGAAAUCCUCACUUUGUACAGCGAGCAGGAUAUUGACGGCUGGUUUGAGGGGGUGAACAGCAAAGGGGAGAGGGGUCUGUUCCCCGCGUCCUACGUGGAAAUCCUAAGGACCGACACUGCCUCCACGCUCAACAACAACAGCUGCAGCACAUCUGGGGACGCUAAGCCUGACUCGCGAUAUGCAAACAUCCCCCCCGGAGGUUUCGACGGCUCUUACAAGCCUCAGAAUAAAGUUGACAACUUUACAAAACCGUCUGCUCCUAGUAUCGCCUCUUUCUCAGCCCCCACACAACCACCACCGCAGCAGCAGCAGCCCACUUACCAGCAGCCCAGCCAAGGCAGUGAUGAUGACUGGGAUGAUGACUGGGAUGACAGCUCCACUGUUGCAGAUGAGCCUGGGACUGUUGGUCAUGACUUUGCAGGUAGUCGAGCAUCCACUUAUAGAGUGUCAACAUCCUCAAUGUCAAGAGGUAAUGCACAGCAAGCUAAGAGCUCUGCCACGGUCAGUAGAAACCUCAACAGGUUUUCCACCUUUGUGAAGUCAGGAGGAGAGGCGUUUGUGCUUGGGGAGGCCGCAGGCUUUGUGAAAGAUGGGGACAAAAUCUGCGUUAUAAUGGGUCAGUAUGGCCCUGAGUGGCAGGAGAACCCGUACCCAUUCGCUUGUUCAAUUGACGACCCAACUAAACAGACUAAGUUCAAGGGCAUGAAGAGCUACAUGUCCUACAAGCUGACCCCCACCCACACACAGAACCAGGUGAACAGGAGGUAUAAGCACUUUGACUGGCUGUACGCUCGGCUGGUGGAGAAGUUUCCCGUCAUCUCAGUGCCACACAUCCCAGAGAAGCAGGCCACGGGGCGCUUUGAGGAGGACUUCAUCUCCAAGAGGAGGAAAGGCCUCAUAUGGUGGAUGAACCACAUGAUCAGCCACCCUGUCCUGGCCAGGUGUGAUGUGUUCCAGCACUUCCUGACCUGCAACAGCACAGACGAGAAGGCCUGGAAGCUGGGAAAGAGGAAGGCGGAGAAGGACGAGAUGGUUGGAGCCAACUUUUUCCUCACCAUCAGCCCCCCUGCUGCUCCGCUUGACUUCCAGGAGGUCGAGAGCAAGAUAGACGGAUUCAAGACUUUCACUAAAAGAAUGGACGACAGCGCCUUUCAGCUCAACGCCACGGCCAACGAGUUUGCCCGCAAGCAGAUCACUGGCUUUAAGAAGGAGUAUCAGAAAGUGGGGAUGUCGUUCAAGGUCCUCAGCCAAGCCUUUGAAAUGGACCAGCAGGGUUACUCUUCGGGACUCAACCAGGCCAUCUCCUUCACUGGAGAUGCGUACGAAUCCAUCGGAGAGUAUUUUGCCGAGCAGCCCGGCAAAGAUCUCGACCCCAUCAUGGAUUUGUUAGCUCUUUACCAAGGACACCUGGCAAACUACCCAGACAUCAUCCAUGUCCAGAAAGGAGCCCUGACGAAGGUGAAGGAGAGCCAGAAGCAUGUGGAGGAAGGCAAGAUGGACCGGGCGCAGGCAGAAGGCAUCGACAACCGCUGCAACAUCAUCUCUGUCGCCACGCUUGCGGAGAUCCAGCACUUCCACCAGAUCCGCGUGCGCGACUUCAAGGCCCAGAUGCAGCAUUACCUGCAGCAGCAGAUCGCCUUCUUCCAAAAAAUCACAGGCAAGCUGGAGGAGGCUCUGCAGAAAUAUGACGACGCGUAAAGGAUUGCUGGUUCCAGGCUGUCACUUUAGACCUCGGUGAUCAAUGACUCGGCAGCUCCUUCAGCCAGCCAACAGCAGCCAGUAGCACAUACUGGUGAAGGCUGUUCACCCAGCAGGGAGGGACAUUCAAGAUGAUGCACUCCAAUAAAAACAUUUCAGCAAAAACCCAGGGUUCUGUGUGCGUUGGCCACAUUUUAGCUCACCUGGAUGUUCUUGUGUUAGAAGAAGACUGUCAUUUAACGAAGAACUGCCAUCUUGUAAUAGACAGUCAUAGUUUAAAGGAGAUUCAAUUAUAGUGAUGGUGCAACAAUGAUCUGUAUGUUGUUAGAGGAAAGCUCGUAUCGGGUGCUGCGUACAGUCCCAGUGCAACAUUUCACACAUGUUGAUGAGCGACUGCCACUGCAGGAGUGACUGACACCUUGCCUUCUUGGACGAACUGAACACAAUGUUUACGGUCUCGCUGUGCCUUCUGAUUACAUCACUCUGGUCAUUUGUGUUACUUGUUCUUAACAAGCUUUAUAUACUGUAUAUGUAGAAAUAUAUUCUAUUUGUUUUUACAAAGCUACACAUUUUGCGAUCUUUGAAAAAAAAAGAGAUCACUGUGCUUAGAAAGAGGGCCGUGUCUUUUAUGGGAGACAGUAAUGUUCGAUUGUGGGGUUUUCCCCCCCCAACAGUGGACCCUGGGGGGAUUCUCAACUCUCACAGUGCAGCAAAAACAGAGAGAGGUGAACCUGCUUUGACUAAAGGAACCCAUGCCUCACACGGGGGCACGGCCUCACACGGGACACAGCCUCACACGGGGGCACGGCCUCACACGGGGGCACAGCCUCACACGGGGGCACAACCUCACACGGGGGCACGGCCUCACACGGGGGCACAGCCUCACACGGGGGCACAACCUCACACAGGGGCACAGCCUCACACGGGGGCACAGCCUCACACGGGACACAGCAAGAAACCGCAGUAUUUAAGGAAUGAGUUCAAUGGAAACUUGUCAUGCCGGAUAUCUGAUUCUGUGUCGACAAAAUGUUGUUUUCCAGGGUUUGUUUUUGGUGUAGUGCUGAGGCCGUUAGAGGGUAGCGGGUUCCUCACCUUUUUAAAACACACACUUUUAGAUGGAUCAUCUGCAGUUUUUAACUUCAUGGUGUUGGCUGCAUCAUAAAGAGAUUAUCAAAAUAAAUUGCUCCUUAACAGAAAGCUGUCUGUUGGUCCUGUGUUUUGUCCAGUAUUUCAAAUGUGUAACUGAUCUUUUGUAGUUGUGAGUGAGAUUUAGACUAAUACUCUGAAUACAGUCAACAACUCAGGGAAAAAGACA